UUUUUUCUAAUUAUCAUUAAAAAAAUUAUUAUAAUGAACUUUUUCAACUGUUUUAUUAUCAUGAUCAAUCAAAAGUUUUAAACUACAUAUUCACAUGAUCGAUAAACGCCAUUCGAUACAUCAAAUUAGUUCAGAAUUAUGCCUAUAGUUGGUCAUUAAAUAGACACAACAAUGUUAAAUGUUAGGUUACUUCACAUGCUUCCAGUAUAUUUACUAGCUUAAAUAAUUCGCAACUUAAUUCUAUAUCUGAAUUGUGAUUAAAUUUUUGAUUCAAAUCGGUGGAAAUUUAAAUCCAAUUAGUAAGAAACGUGACGAACGCGUGUUCAUAUAUUAUAUACUAAAAAGUAUAUUUAUUAAAAAUGGCUGAGGCAAUGAGACAAACUGUAGCUGGUAUGCUCAAAGGCAUUGAGAGAUAUAAUCCAGAUAACCUAACAACUUUGGAGAAGUACGUCGAGAUUCAAUCAAGAGAAAAUGUUUAUGAUUUGGAACCUAAUUUGGCAGUUUUGAAAUUAUAUCAAUUGAAUCCAAAUCGUUUCAACAUGGAUAUAACUUGCCAGAUAUUACUUAAAGCUUUAACUAAUCUUCCGCAUACUGAUUUUGUGCUAUGUAAAUGUCUUCUGAACGAAUCAAUUAUGCAAGAAAAACCGAUUAAUCAGAUCAUGUAUUUGGGAGACAUAUUGGAACAAUGUGAUUUUGAACAAUUUUGGGAUCAAGUUUUGUUGAUGUCAGAUCUAUGUGAUAGAAUCGUUGGAUUUCAAGAUUCUAUAAGGAAAUUUGUUUGUCACGUUGUAGGAAUAACUUUCCAGACAAUAGAUAAAGGACUUCUUGUACAACUUCUAGGUGGAGUAGAUGAUAAUACAUUGAAGCACUGGGUGAAAAAGUAUGGCUGGAAAGAUGAAAGCAAAUCAAUUAUCUUUAUUGCUAAUCAAGAUGAAAAUAUAAAAACAAAGAAUAUUACUGAAAAAAUUGAUUUCGAAAAUGUUGCAGGAUUAAUGGCUGCUUGUUUAUAAAAUCAUUAAUGAAUAAAUAUCAUUUUCAAAUCUAACU